GCUUCAAUCGAUUACAUAAGUACAUAAUUUGACUCUGCUCCCUUGCCGAGAUCAGCCCAGACCCCAACCUGCUACAUCCAGGCUAUCUUGAAAAGAAAAUUCGCUGUUACAUACCUUGUCGCAUCCUUCAAGUUCAACUCGAAUCAAAGCCGGCAGACGAGAUGAAAGACAUCACAGAUUCACCUUCAAGCUCAUCCCCAAUCACUCGCGUUUCAAGACCUGAGAUCUCACUAAAAACUCGCCUUUGUCCUCGUCCAAGUACGAUCGCUAUCGCUGUUCUAUCUUAUUGGUUUAAUCAACGAAACAAAUCUCUCCAAAAGUCGAAAUUGGUUAUCAGACUUUGUAAAUGGAUAGCUAUCUUGAUUGCAAUACUAAACUGGAGAGCUGUACCAUUUUAUUGGCAUGUUGCUACACUCUUUCCGAUUCUUAAAGUUAAAUGUAGAAGAUGGAGAUUAGGUUCAGAUAAUGAAGCAUUUGUUAGAAGUCAAGGUGUGAUUGGUAUGAAUCCUUUUGAGGUGAGAACGGUUACAAAACAUUGCGCGACUUGGAAUGCAUGUGAUUUUAUGAUGCAUAUGUCAAAUUCAUCAUAUGCAGCUGCUUUGGAUGAAGCUAGAUGUGAUUGGCAUGUGAACAAACUCGGAAUCUUGAUGAGAAAUGAUAUGGAAUAUAUCAAAGUGAUCGUUGCUUCGACUCACCUUGCUUUUCUCGUGGAGAUUCCAAUGCUUGCCGAUUACGAAGUCGAAGUGAGACCCGUCAGUUGGGACAACAAAUGGGUUUAUCUGCUUUCCAAAUUCACCACUGCCCCGCCAAAAGGGUCAACUACUAGAACUCUCAACUGCAUCUCAAUUACCCGCACGGUACACAAAAUCGGUCGACGAACAGUUCCUCCAGCAAAAGUAUAUGCAGCUGGAGGCUUUGGUCCAGAUGAAUCGAAUUGGCAUCGGAUUUGUAAAUUACGUCAAGAACGAAAACCGAUGAGACAAAAACUAAGUGCAUCACAAGAAUGGUUAUUGAAUGGUGAGCCAUUUGAUGGAAUGGAUCGAUUUGAAGAACAACGUCAAAGGAAUUUAGAAAUCAUUAGAUUCGCUUUAGAUGGUAAUUUAGGUGUAGAAGCUUUGAAAGAUUUAUAAAAAAAAAGAUUUCAUAGGAUCGGUUUGUUUUUCCUGAUGAUUCAUACAUACAAUAUACAUACCUGCAAACGUUCGUUAUCUUUUUGUCUUUUCUGCUUAGUAACAAUGUGAAAGAUCUUUUUGGUUGAUCAAGGAGUUGGACUUCUUGAAAUUGAUUGAGAUCAGUAACUUGUUGUACAUACAUCACUGUGAAUCAUGUAAAGAUGGUUUUGAUCUGCCAUGCUCUUUCAGUACUACAUUGUGAGAAUGUCAAUUCAUAUCUUUUUCAUUUGGCUU